UUCAUGUGGACUUCCUGUUUCCUUGUAUUACUCAAGCAGACCCAGGUCAGGAUUGGAAAUGCAUCAAACUCCAGACUAAGACAGGAGCUGGGAAUUAUCUCCCCCCAGUGGAUUUCAGGGUGUAAAGCUGUGCCUCUGACCCCGGAAGUCCUUCCUUGGUUACGGUUGGCUGUGAUAGGAGCUCGCGCGACGCACGGGACUCCGCCUGGCUGUCACGCGGCCGGUUCCGCUGCGCUCGUUCUUGUUUAAAACGCUGCGGAAUCCGAAGCGGCCCGAGCAGCGGAUUCUCUCACCUUCAGGUGCAAGAAAACAGGAAUGAGUCGGUGCCAAGAAGCAGAUGAGGAGGUGACUGGGCUGGUGUGUCAAGUGGACGACCUCAAAGAUGGACAGAUGAAAGAGGUGACUGUGGAGGAUCAGAAGGUGCUGUUGGUCCGUACACAGGGUCAGUACAGCGCUGUUGGAAGUCAGUGCUCUCAUUACAACGCACCUCUGGUUAAAGGAGCACUAGUCGGUGACAGAGUGAGGUGUCCUUUUCAUGGAGCUUGCUUCAAUGUGAAAACUGGAGAUAUUGAAGAGUAUCCAGGUCUGGACUCUCUGCCCAGCUACAAGGUCAAAGUUGAGGAUGGCAAGGUGUAUGUUUCCAUCAACAGAAAAUCUCUGCAGUCGACCAAGCGAGUGAAGGAGAUGUGUAAGAUGGAACCAGGCGUCAAACACACUAUUGUGCUCGUAGGAGGAGGCCCCGCUUCUCUGGUUUGUGCUGAGAUGCUGCGACAAAAUUGCUACCAGGGUCAGAUUAUUAUUAUCACCAAAGACACCCUGGCUCCGUUUGACAAGCCCAAACUGAGCAAGGCUCUGAAUGUGGACAGCAGCAGCAUCCUCCUCCGCUCCAGUGACUUCUAUCAACAGUAUGGGAUAGAAGUGCGGACGCAGAAAGAGGUGAUGUCAGUAAACCCGACUGAUAAGACGGUGAAGAUGAACGACGGCGCUGUGCAGCGGUAUGACCAGCUCCUUAUCUCCACGGGCUGCAGAGCUCGGCCUCUCAGCUGUCCUGGAUCAGACCUGAAGGGAGUGAAGUUGCUGCAGAGUUACGAAGACGCCAAAGAGAUCCACAGCUCCUGCCUCGGCAAGAAAGUUGCCGUUAUUGGAGCGUCCUUCAUAGGUAUGGAGGUGGCCUCCUACUUAUCGGACAAAGCCGCCAGUGUGGCUGUGGUUGGUAACUCCAGCUACCCUUAUGAGCGCUCUCUGGGGCCGGAGAUUGGCAACAUGUGCAUGCAAAUGCUGGAAGAACAAAAUGUGAAGUUCUACAUGAAGGAUGGAGUCACUGAGAUCAGAGGGGAGAACGGCAAGGUGAAGGGCGCAGUGCUGAAGAGUGGCACAGUCCUGGAAGUUGAUGUGGUGAUUGCUGGAAUUGGUGUAAUCCCCAAUUCAGACCUGUUGUCAGGAAGUGAGGUUGAAGUGGAUUCAAAGAAAGCUGUGAUUGUUGAUAAGUUCAUGAGGACCAAUAUACCAGAUAUUUUUAGUGCUGGAGACAUCACCUCCUUCCCUCUGACCAUCCGCGGUGACCAGAGGGUCAACAUUGGUCACUGGCAAAUGUCACAAGCUCAAGGAAGAGUAGCAGCCCUCAACAUGCUGAAGAAACCAACCAGAUUUGAAUCUGUGCCUUUCUUCUGGACCGUGCUGCUUGGGAAGAGUAUCCGAUACGCAGGCUAUGGGGACGGAUACACCGAGAUCAUUUUCAAAGGCAAAGUGGAAGAAAGGAAAUUUCUGGCCUUCUACAUAAAGGAUGAGGUGGUCGUGGCUGCGGCCAGCAUGAUGUUUGAUCCCGCUGUGGCUCGCCUGGCUGAGCUGAUGGCAGCUGGCCAGAUCAUAACAAAGGCACAGGCUCAAGCUGAUGACUUGAGCUGGCUGCAGAUGUAACCGGGUUCCCGCUGUAUCCAGGAGCGACGCCUCUCACCGAGGAAGGAGGUCGCCUCUCUCUUCGUUGUUUUCUCUCCCUCUUUAUCUAAUAGUGCCAAACUCAAUUGCACAAUUUACUGCCGCAGGUCUGCUGCGAGCCAGUCAGACUGGUCCUUUGGUGUUGAUUAAGUGUUACCAUAGUAUUUGCUUUUGUGCGCGCUACAUAACCUGAUCCCCCACAAAGAGGAUUGUUGACAUGUGACUUCUGUUACAUAUCAGAAGUAGAUAUCACCACUAAAAGUGUGAUAGACACUUAAAGUUUAAAGACUUGAAAACAAUUUAAAUGUUAGUAAAAUAUAUAUAUAUUUUACAUGCUACUUUAUCUUUUUUAAUUUCAAAACUCAUGCAUCUUUCCACAUUAUAAUUAUGAGUAAGAUAUUUUAAAAACUAAACUAUAACGCACACCAAAUACAGUGAUAAACAUUUAUUUUCUUUUGUUCCAUUUGUACUGUAAUGUCUAAAUGCCUUUGUCCGUUCAUAUUUACAGCAGGGCUAUAACUUAUUAUUUACUCUUUACAGAGUGACACUGUGUCAUUUUAAAACAUCUCAUAGCUACUUACAAUAGGUCUAGACGCUUUGUGAUGUUAUACUCAGGUAUAAAACUUGUCUAUUGGGAAUUUCAACACAUUUACAUUUAUAUUUUAUCAUAUUUGAGGUUGUCAUCCUGUGUUUCUGUUACACUCCCUUCAAUAAACCAUUCCUUGUGUGCAGAGA